AUGUCGUCUUCUACGUCCAACCAAAAGCUAGUGCUCCUGACCGGCGCUACGGGAUUCAUCGGAUUCCAGACCCUGCUAGAUGCCCUCAAGGCCGGGUUCCGCGUCCGAUGCGCAGUGCGUAGUGUGGAGAAAGGGGAGGCUCUCCUAUCUCAACCUGCCCUCCAACCACUCUUGCAAACCCCAGACAAUCAACAACCACUAGUGGAGAUCGCCAUUGUCCCAGAUAUUACGGUCCCGGGCGCCUUUAACGAAGCUAUCCUGGGGUCAAGCUAUGUGAUCCAUGGCGCAUCCCCCCUCCGAUUCACCAAGCCUGGCCCCCUAGAUGCCGAGGCCGACUUCCUCGCCCCCGCCAGACGAGGCACGCUCGAGAUCCUCGAAGCAGCCGCCACAACCACUACCGUCGGGCGCGUUGUCAUCACCAGCUCGGUCGCAACCUUCGUCUCCCCCAAGAUCUGGGCGGGCGUGGAGCGCGUAGAUCCAAACAACCCGCUCACCCCCAAGCACCGCGUACCACCACCGACCCCACCAUUCCCGCACGCAGGCGUCGCGUAUGUCGCCUCAAAGGUAGCAUCCCUCGAAGUAACCGAGACCUUUUUGAAGAACAACAACCCUCGAUUCGGGGUAGUAAGCGUCCACCCUUCCUGGGUCUUGGGUCGCGCCGAAUGCGCGGGAAACGACCCCGCAGCCCUAUUCAACACAACCAACAGCCUAGUCCUCAGCACGGUCGUACAGGGGAACAAGUCGCCCUACCCCAGCAUGAUGCGCGCCGUCGUCGACGUCCACGACAUCGCCCGCAUCCAGGUCCAGUCCCUGCAGCAACCGGACGUAGUUCAGCCCGGUCACUGUCGGAGCUUCAUCGCCAGUACGCCCGGUACCUUCGAGGAUAUCCCAGGGUUCAUCCGGAAGAAUUUCGCAGAGGAGAUUGAGAAUGGCCGUGUCACGGUGCUGGGCGAGCAACCUUCUAAUCCUCUGCCUAUGGACUCGUCAGAUACGGAGCUCACAUUCGGGUUCAAGUUUAUGACCCUUGAGGAGAUGACUACUGAUCUCGUGAAACAGUAUAUCGAGUUGAAGCGAUAG